ACUGGAUAAAAGAUGAUACUGAGGAAACUUGUGUAUGAUGGAAGGGUGGUCCUCUGUAAUUCCCUGUCCAUGUGUUUUUGCUUGUCCCAUGUUGCUAUGCUCAUUCCAGCCCACCCUGCACUGUUGUGGCAGGUGUAACCCCAUGAAGGGUCCCCACCUGCCCACAGGUUGGAUGUCUCAGUAUGCUUUCUGGCAUCGCUGUAGUAAAUUGUCUGAUGUCUCCUUAACUUUUUGGAGGCAGUACAAGGGGGGAUGUGUUUGCUGGAAAGUGUGGUUACCCUUCUUAUUCUCUUCCCACCCAAUGGGAGUGUUCCACCCUUACAAGUACCCUCUUGAUCCACAGCUCUCUCCUUCUUGUGUCCUCCUGCUGCUUCAUGCCCCUUGGCACCCCAACUCCACAUCUCCUGUGUUGAUACAAAGGGGUACAGAUAGCGCUGCCCUGUCCAGCUGCCACCGCCUGCCUGCCUGCCUCGCCUCCCUCCUUACUUGCCUGUCUCUGUGCCUGCCCCCAAGGGAGGGCUGGUGGGUGGGCGCUAUUGUUUUUGCUGUUGCUGCUUGGCUGAGAAUGAGAGCAUCCAGGGUGGGGAAUCAGAUCAAUAGCAGGCUGAGUUGCUUUGCCACUGUGUGCCACCUGCUGCCCCCAACCCAACUGGGCCAGGGGGCACAGCCGUAGACCUCUGCCCAACGGGAAGAGCUCCUAUCUUUCUUCUCUCUCGGCUCUGCUUCCUCAACGAUUCUUUCCUUCCCCCAUGUAUGACGACUCCUAUCUCCAUGGAUUCGAAGACUCUGAAGUGGGCUCUGCUGAUUCCUACACCAGCCGCCCAUCGUUGGACUCCGACGUGUCGCUAGAGGAAGAUCGUGAAGGCGGGAAGCGCGAAGUGGAGAACCAGGCCCAGCAGCAGCUUGAAAAGGCCAAGCACAAACCAGUUGCAUUUGCUGUUCGUACUAAUGUCAGCUACUGUGGCGCAGUGGAUGAAGAAUGUCCUGUGCAGGGAUCUGCCAUCAACUUUGAAGCCAAAGACUUCUUGCACAUUAAAGAGAAAUACAGCAAUGACUGGUGGAUCGGGCGGCUAGUGAAGGAGGGGGGAGACAUCGCCUUCAUCCCCAGCCCACAGAGGCUGGAGGCCAUACGGCUGAAGCAGGAGCAAAAAGCCAGGCAAUCUGGUAAUCCUGCCAUCAGCAACCGGCGAUCGCCUCCCCCAUCAUUAGCCAAGCAGAAGCAAAAGCAGGCAGAGCACAUCCCUCCAUAUGAUGUCGUUCCUUCCAUGCGGCCAGUGGUGCUGGUGGGGCCCUCACUGAAAGGAUAUGAGGUGACAGACAUGAUGCAGAAAGCUCUUUUUGAUUUCCUGAAGCACAGAUUUGAUGGCAGAAUCUCCAUCACACGUGUUACAGCAGACCUGUCCCUGGCCAAGCGCUCAGUGCUCAACAAUCCUGGAAAACGGGCCAUCAUUGAGCGAUCCACAACCCGGUCCAGUAUCGCUGAAGUCCAGAGCGAGAUUGAGCGAAUCUUUGAAUUGGCCAAGUCCUUGCAGCUGGUAGUGUUGGAUGCCGACACCAUCAACCACCCAGCCCAGCUGGCCAAAACCUCACUGGCACCCAUCAUUGUCUACGUCAAAGUCUCUUCCCCAAAGGUGUUGCAGCGCCUUAUUAAGUCCAGAGGAAAAUCACAGGUGAAGCAUCUCAAUGUGCAGAUGAUGGCUGCUGACAAGCUUGUCCAGUGUCCUCCAGAACUCUUUGAUGUGAUCCUAGAUGAGAACCAGCUGGAGGAUGCUUGUGAACAUCUGGCUGAGUAUUUGGAGGUAUACUGGCGAGCAACUCACCACCCUGCACACGGUUUCGGGAGCCAGAACCUCCUGACACCUUCUACUGCCAUUCCUGGCCUGCAGAGUCAGGCCCCGAUGGGGGAGCGCGAAAGCGAGCGCUCCCCGGUGGAGCACGACAGCUUGAUGCAGUCUGACGAAGUGAGCGAUGCCUCACGCAAGACAUGGACAGCGUCCUCUCAGCGCAGCUCUCGGCACCUGGAGGAUGAAUACUCGGACGCCUACACUGACCUGUACCAGCCUCAUCGCAACCACAACAGCGGCCUCCGCAGCACUAACGGCCAUGACUCGCAGGACCGUCUUCUGGAGCGCGACUCUGAGCACAACCACAAUGACAGGAACUGGCAACGCAACCGGCCCUGGGCUAAAGACAGUUACUGAGACUUCCUGGCCGGGCAUCCAGGGACACAAGACACGGCUGCUGCUGUCUUUGCCGUCUCCCAAACUGAGUUAAUUGCCUGAUCUCAAGCCUUUGUCUCUUUCCCUUUGUAGCUGAGCCCCACAGAGUGCAGGUCCUGCCCCGGUACACAGGUGCUAUCUAGGGAUGCCCAGAGGUGGCCACGGCUGCCUGAAAACCAGGUGGGUGAUUUGCCUUGCCCACCUUUGUUUUGGAAUAUGAGGGCCAUGGUAAUAUCCUUGCAGGGUAAACUCCACUGGCAGCUUUGCAUCCCAGUUCUCUUUUGUGCAGGGUGGGGAAGGUAGGAGUUGGAUUUGGGCUUCUGCAUCUCAGAGAAAGACAACUUUUCUGAGAGAGAAGCUGAUGGUAGCUCCUUUUUUAGCUGAGCGGGAGAACAGAGCUGAAGAUUACAAGGGAGAGAGAGCAAGCUAGGUGGGCCGAGCCCUUAUGGUGAGUUUAUUUCUUCCAAAUGGGAGAUUCAGAGCAUCACUUUUUGCCUUGCCAGAUUAGACCUGUCUGCAUGUGUCACAAGAUCAGUCCAGAAAUUGAGAUUGGUGUAGAUGCCAAGAGCGCUAAUUAAGAGUGCUGGGCUCUAGGAAUUGAUAUGGGUGAACAGCCAAUGCUGAUUCAGUUGCAGGGUGUGAUCUUUAUGGCAUUGGCAACCAUUUUGUGCAAGUGCCUCAGUGAAUCAUGUACAAUCAGCAGCAGGUGAGGUUGAACUGCAUUAUUUCAGCCUGCAUACAGAAAGCAGUAUAUUAGGAAGAUGGUAGAACUAAAAUGCUCCCUGACAUUUAAUGUUCUGUAUUCAGGGAACUUAGUUUCAUUUAAAAUUGAGAUGAAAGAGCAUUCAGCUAUGGCAGGAUGACCCAAGAGGUUAUUGGCAAGUUAUCUGCUGCUGAUCUGGACAUAAUCAGUAUCACAAGACCAAAAGACAAUGAUGUGGUAGUGGCUUUUCCACAAGGAUAUUAUAAAUGUUUAUGAAUGUCACUGAGAGGGCUACAUGGCUUCCAUUUUCUGUUGCCCUUGCAAUUAUUGAUAGAUGGGUAGGGCCAGAUACAAAAGAAAAGAAAUGCUUCAAACUUCAGACUUGCCCAAGUUUUUCUUGGUCUCCAUAUUGUUCAAUGUAAUUCCCAUGACCCUGAAGCAAGGUCCCUAUUCUAGGGAAGCUGAGAUGCUAAUUAUGUGCUGUGCAGUAGCACAUGUAAUAAAGCCUCAAGGCCUUCGAAAGAAAAGCAGGAACAUUUGGUAGGGGAGUUUAGCCUUUCCACCCUAGCUCCAGAGUAUCCUCUGCCCAACUCACCCCAGCCAACUGGCUGCCUUUUCUAGAUGGAUUUUUUAAUCUAAAGGGGGAAUCUUCAGCAGAGAAAGUUAUUUUGCCCAGAAAAUAGCCAGUGGAGAAGCGUUUAAGUAGGCCCUUCCCUAACCUUGCUGGCCUUCUGCUCCAAAUCUAGAUCAACCCCAAUAGAGUGAAAGCCUUGAAACCCUUAUUUCCUUGGAACAACAACCCAACGCUCAGCCUUGUUCUUCUUGUCCUGCUUGUAGGACUAGGUCAUCUCCUGUGUAUGGUCACUUCUGUUAGAGGACUAGCGGGAAGAUAUUUUUUAAAGCCACAAUAUGAGAUGCUUAAGUCUGUAUCCUCACUCCUUCCAGAAUUCCUUGCUAAUUGCAUGCUACCUUGAUCUUCCACAUUCUGCUUGUUUUGAGGGAUGGGGAAGGAAAAUGAGGUGCUGAGUAUCUAUGGGUUCUGCUAUUUCAUGGUGACUCCUACCCUCGGCACUUUGGACUUCCAUCUUGUGGAAGUGGCACAGGGCUAUAGCCAUCCUAUUUCCUGCUUUCUCUAACGCACAACCUCUGCUCUUCCAUUCCCCUCUUCCAUUUUGGGGGGCAGUGGGUGGCAGCCCCGGCCCUCCAAAAGCACAUACAGCUACCAGAAAUCAGGCUGUAAAUUCUGCCCACUAGCCUUGGGAGUUGUGUUGAGUGUCUGUCACACCCCUGGACUGUCCAGAGCCAAAGGGAAAUGUUCUUCCUCUUUUGUGGCUUAAGUGGUCUGAGGGCAGGGAGACCUGUUUCUCUCCCUGCGGUGGUUGUUUGAUGGGCUGCAGCAACAGCUUUGUUACUCUUUUUUUGUAGAGAGCACUUAUCGCCCCCAAAACUUGUAAGCUGUUUGAAACAACAAGCACUUGCUAUUUAUAAAAUGUGGCUGAGUGGAUGUUAUUUAGAGAACAGCUGCGAGGACACUGGGAUGGAGGGGUCUGAAGUGGACAGAAGUCAAGAUGGUGUUCUGAUUGGUGUUCGUAACACCAUCCUCUGGGCAACACUAAACCCAACAUGGUUCUACAGCCAAAGGCUGGGAUGAACUCCCUACGACCUGCGUGUUCAGUAUUGAUCCACCACGAUUUUAAAUUGGCUCCAGAGCUGCUCUCUUCUGAGGCAGGAGUGAGGGUUGGACUGCUCCCAUUUGUAGCACCUUAGGUUACAACUCCCAGGGUUCCUUGAGGGAAAUCUGACAGGUUCAUGGGAUACAUAAGCAACACAUUAGCAGUAUAAUUAAUUGUCUCCUGAGUUCGGGCACAGCAAUUUUCAUGUUAAAGUGCAAAAGGUUCAAAUACUGUAGCUGGAAUAAACAAGGUCCCCCUCUUAUUUCAAAUGGCACUUGUGCAAAGGGGAGAAAAGCAGGUAGGUCAGCAGUAAAUAGAAUUGGCUGUAAUCCUCAAGUUCUUGACUGAUGAUUUACCCAUCGGUUGCACUCACCCUAGGAAGAGUGCUGAUUGAGUAGCAUCUAAGCUUCCUCAGAUAAUUACUGAAACACUGCAACUGCCUUUUAAUUAAAAUGUCGGAAGUCUGCCUAUUAAUCAAUACUCAUAUUAAAGUGUGUGUAACACACCACAUAAAUAGCA